AAACCCGAAAAGCCCGCGAAAACCUUCUCCAUCACCAAGAAAAGAAACACACAGCACCGUAAUCCAUGGGGAUUAGGGUUAGGGUUUCUUCCUCUUCGCGUUUCUCUUUCCCUCAAUCCUCAUGAUCAUGGUCGCCAUGCUGUUGAAUUAGAAAAGAAAAGAAAAAUUAGAACCCCUAGUUUAGUGCAGAGUUAUUGUAUAGCUCUCCAAAAGCUAUCGCCCUAGAAAUCAUAGCUUUCUGGGUUGUGUAUAGGGUUCAGAUCCAUGGUGAUGGAUGAAGAGAGGGAAGACGGAGGAGGAGAGGAAGCUAUGGAAGAAAUUAACGUUUUGGGCGAGUCAAACCAGCCGGAGAAAUUGAAUGUGGUUCAAGAAAUAGUGGGUGUGAUUGAAUCUGUGGCUCAGUUUGGAGAUUACAGAAGAACACAGAAGAAAGAAUGCUAUGGAGUUGUUAGGCGCAUGAAGCACUUGUUGCCACUUUUUGAAGAGAUCAGGGACCUCGAAAGGCCGAUUCCGGAGACGGGCAUUGCUUGGUUGUGUAAUUUGAAGAAGGCGCUUCUUUUGGCGAAGAAGUUGUUGAAAACUUGUAACGAGGGGAGCAAGAUUUAUCUGGCAUUGGAAACCGAGGCGGUCAUGAUCAGAUUUUAUGCGGUUCAUGAAAAGUUAAUUCAAGCUUUGGAUGGUUUACCUCGCGAUGAACUUGGGGUCUCGGAUGAAGUGAGAGAACAGCUUGAGCUAAUGUGCUUGCAACUUAGAAGAGCAAGAAGGCGAACGGAUACACAGGACAUAGAACUAGCAAUGGAUAUGAUGGUAGUAUUUUCUAAAAAGGAUGACCGGAAUGCUGACAGUGCCAUAAUAGAACGAUUAGCAAAAAAGCUGGACCUACAUACAAUUGAGGACCUUAAGAUAGAGACAAUAGCUGUAAGGAACCUUGUUGGAGAAAGAGGGGGGCAAAACGCAGAGACUACCCAACAUAUCAUUGACCUUCUGAACAAAUUCAGACAAGUUGCAGGCAUGGAAGUAACUAAUGUUCUUGACGAUCCUGUUAUGCCUAAAAUGCUUUCCAAAUGCCCUUCUUUAAUGAUCCCUCAUGAAUUCCUUUGCCCAAUCACACUUGAGAUAAUGACAGAUCCUGUUAUUGUUGCAAGCGGACAGACAUACGAGAGAGAAAGCAUACAGAAAUGGUUUGACUCCAACCACAGGACCUGUCCAAAGACCAGGCAAACUCUGGCUCACCUGUCCUUAGCACCAAAUUAUGCUCUCAAAAAUUUGAUCUUGCAGUGGUGUGAUAAGAACAAUUUUCAGCUUCCUAAGAAAGACAGUCAUGUAGGCCAGGAAGCUUCCUCAGCCGAACACAAAGAGGAAAUCUUGUCAUUGGUUAAAGACCUAUCUUCUUGUCUGUUAGAAAUGCAGAGAAAGGCUGUAAAGAAGAUCCGAAUGCUCUCAAAAGAGAAUCCCGAGAACAGGGUUUUGAUUGCUGAGAGUGGAGGAAUCUCACCAUUAGUUCAGCUCCUAUCCUAUCCGGAUUCUAAAAUUCAAGAGCACGCUGUGACAGCGCUGUUGAAUUUAUCCAUUGAUGAGGCUAAUAAGAAACACAUAUCUAGAAAAGGAGCCAUUCCAGCUAUAAUAGAAGUCUUGCAGAAGGGAAGUAUUGAGGCUAGAGAGAACUCUGCGGCAGCUUUAUUUAGCUUAUCAAUGCUGGAUGAGAAUAAAGAAACUGUUGGGAUAUCAGAUGGAAUUCCUCCAUUGGUAGAUCUGUUACAGAAUGGGACGAUUAGAGGCAAAAAAGAUGCUGCAACCGCAGUCUUUAACUUAUCUCUCAACCAUGCAAAUAAGGGCAGGGCUAUUAGUGCUGGCAUUGUUCCUCCCUUACGCCAGUUAGUGAAGGACAGAAACUUAGGCAUGGUUGAUGAGGCGCUUUCCAUCUUCUCAGUUCUUGCAACACAUCCAGAUGGACGGCAAGAAAUUGGACAGCUCUCGUUUAUUGAAACUCUUGUUCAAAUCAUUCGAGAAGGAACCCCUAAGAACAAGGAGUGCUCAGCAGCAGUUCUUCUUGAGUUGGGAUCAAACAAUUCAUCUUUCAUUCUGGCAGCGCUUCAGUUUGGAGUAUAUGAGCACUUGAUCGAGAUUACAAAGAGUGGAACCAACAGAGCGCAAAGGAAAGCCAAGGCACUUUUGCAGCUCAUUAGCAACAGUGAACAGAUUCCCUAAAGUUACAUAAGUAAAUUUCCAAUUUGGUGGUUAUGCAUGCUUUUCUUGGAUUGAAGUUUCCAUGUUCAUAUUAAAUGGAACCUUACUGUUGCCUGUAAUCUGGUUAUUAAAGUAUAUCAAAUGUCUCUUUCUCUAAUG